ACUCCCCACGCACUCUACGGCACGAGCAGCGUUCAGAGCCGGUUCUCACCUUCCUCCUCGCCCAUCCGCCCGUCCAUGGCCAUGGCGUCGUCGCCUUCCGCUCCCGCCGUCAAGGCCGUUCUCCCCGUCCCGCUGCUGCCGUCGUCCUCCGUGGUACUGGCGCGGCGCGCGCCUGCUGUCCUGCGCGUGGGCGACAGGGGGCGGCGGGGCGCGGCGCUGGCGGCGGCGCUUGGGGACCUGCGCCCGGACAUCGACGAGUACCCGGAGGGCAUCCUAUCGGGCGAGUGGCCCGAUAACUUCUCCCUCCUCAGCUACGCUGACCUCUGCGCCUACCUCGAGUCCCAGAUCGUCACCUCAGACCAGAUGAGCCCGACGGCGAAACUCGGGGACGUGAUGUCGCGGCCGGUGCAGGUGGCCGCGCCGGGGCAGCGGCUGGCGGAGGUCGACGCCUUCUUCGUUGCGCAGUCCGGACUACCAGUGGUCGACGACGAGGGCAGGUGCGUGGGCGUCGUCUCCAAGAAGGACAAGGCCAAGGCGCCCAAUGGGUUGGAGUCAACUGUUGGUGAAGUCAUGUCAUCUCCUGCUAUAACCCUGACACCUGAGAAGACUGUCUUGGAAGCUGCUGCACUAAUGCUUAAGGAGAAGGUCCACAGGAUACCAGUUGUGAAUGAACAACUGCAAGUGAUUGGAAUUGUCACUCGCACGGACAUAUUUCAGGCUUUGGAGGCCAACCAAGCAUGAGUGAGGUCCCUCGUUGUCUUGUUCUCGCCAAUCGCCAGAAGUUGCUCUUUGUACAUAUCAAUCGGACUGCUGCUCGAUCUUGUAUAUUCCAGCUGCAUAAUCUGGAUGUGUUGAAGCUUAUGUACCUCUAAGUAUCGUAACUGUGUGCUGGAUCUGUCUUGGAAAGUUGUUCAGCUUAACUUCUUA